GUCUUUUUAAUCUUAAAAAACUGCCCUCCCGCCCCCCAUCUCAAUGUGUUGGAUGUUUUGUCUACAUGUAUGUCUGUGCACCGUGCAUGCAGUGCCCAAGGAGGUCAGCAGAGAGCGCUGUAUGUAUCAUCAGGGAUCGGUGUUAGAGUUGUAAGCAGCCAACAGCAUAAGGACCAAGACUUAACAUACACAGCUCUUUCUUUACCAAAAAUACCUUCGUGUUUGCAUCCUUUGAAAUAUUUUUUCUACCUACUAAUUCCCUUUUCAAUACAUGAGGCAUAGUAACAUCACUGUUGAAUCCAGUGAUGUUAGGCUGGACACAGAACACCUGUUUUUCUUAGAAAUUUUAUUUUAUAGAUUUUUAAGGCUUACCUUCUGAUGUCUUUAAAUCUUAUAAGAUUAUGGUUGCAAACAGUCAGCAUCUAUGACCAAUGAGGACCACACACAACAGGUGUAUCUGCCUUUACCUGUGCCUAAAACUUGAAAUCCUCCCUAUCUAUAUUUGGGAAUGACAAGCAGUUUAAAAACUUCCACAAUCCGGGAUGGCUGAAACUUUGUUGGGUUCAGAGCUCAACGAAGUAAGCUCUCAAUAAAUGCCUAAAGACACCGAGUUUGUUCCUCCGGGUGAUGGAUGGUCUCCUCCAUCUACCACUGCCGCAGAUGGAGGAAUGCUCCAGUUUGGUUCUCACAGGCGACUAUAACCUGGGACUGGAUGUCCCAGGGCGAUCAGCACCCACGCCGCGCUCACCUUCUCCGGGCGCGUGUCCCUUUAAGGACGGCGGGGCUGCGCGCGGGCCUCGCUCUGGGCCGGAGCCUGCGCGUCCGUGUCCGUGGCGGAGGCUGCGUUUGCCGCGGGCCCCGGGCGAGGAGCGGGGCGAUGCAUAGGCUGCGCGGCUGCUGCGCGCGUCCCCGCGGUGCCCCGCUACGGUCCGAGCGGAGCCGGGCGAGCAGCCGCGCCCUGCGGGUGCUGGUGGAUAUGGACGGCGUGCUGGCGGACUUCGAGGGCGGCUUCCUCCGGAAGUUCCGCGCGCGCUUCCCCGACCUGCCCUUCGUGGCGCUGGAGGACCGGCGCGGCUUCUGGGUGUCGGAGCAGUACGGACGUCUGCAGCCUGGGCUGAGCGAGAAGGCCAUCAGCAUCUGGGAGUCAAAGGACUUCUUCUUUGAACUCGAGCCUCUUCCUGGAGCUGUGGAAGCUGUGAAGGAGAUGGCCAGUCUGCAGGACACUGAUGUCUUCAUCUGUACGAGCCCCAUCAAGAUGUUCAAGUACUGUCCCUAUGAGAAGUAUGCCUGGGUGGAGAAGCACCUUGGCCCUGACUUUCUGGACCAAAUUGUAUUGACCAGAGACAAGACUGUGGUCUCUGCCGACCUUCUCAUAGAUGACCGGCCGGACAUCACAGGGGCCGAGCCACACCCCAGCUGGGAGCACAUCCUCUUUACCUCCUGCCACAACUGCCACCUGCAGCUGCAGCCCCCUCAGCGUAGGCUGCACUCGUGGGCAGACGACUGGAAGGCCAUCUUGGACAGCAAGCGGCUCCGCUGAGGGCUGUGCUGUGGCUCUCUCGUGGUCCAGUGUGGGGCUCGCAGCUCAUGACUGGACAGCAAACAGCUCGCUGAGGGUUGUGCUGCGUUCCCUGGUACUUCCGGGAGGACCCCAGUGAACACUUUGGUCAAAACAAGUUUGGACACACUUCCCUUCUUCCCCUAGCCCAGCAAGGCCUUAACUGAUACUGGGACAGGGCUGGAAGACAGGCAUGUGCUCCCAGGCAAGUUGGUCUGACCUCAGGCAGAGGCCCCACGCCACUGCCUCCCACUGCGUACAAUAGGGGUGUUCUCUGAGACACGGGAGUACCCUGGUCCAGGAUCUGCAAGGUGAGGAGUGCCAGGGUCAGAUGACAGAGGUUCCCCUGGCAGGCAUGUGCCCAUCUACCUCUACCGUAGAAUCUUGUCCAACUUACCUACUUAGUCUUUCUGGCUUUCCAUGGCCACCAGGCUCUUUUGGAGGCCAACAGUGAUCCUGCUUAUGGCCAGUGCUGCCGUCUCUUGCCCUGGUGUCCCUAGAUCCCAUUCACGACCCAGAAAGGAGUCAGCAGGCUCGAAUAUUUGUUGACGACAUGAGAAAUAAAUGCUAUUCACACAUA